UCCGCGUUGGCCUGGACGUGGCACCGAAAAGGAGCUGCGCCCACUCUGGUUUCUCUCCGCCUGUUCCCGGUCUGUUCCCCGGCUCUGACCAGCAGCUGCUCCCGGACUAACCGGCUGACCUCCUCCCGCCCCUGAAACGGGACAUUUUAGUGAAAUGGGCCUGACGAUCUCGUCUCUGUUCUCCCGGUUUUUCGGGAAGAAGCAGAUGAGGAUCCUGAUGGUGGGUUUGGACGCAGCUGGAAAAACAACGAUCCUCUACAAACUGAAGCUCGGAGAGAUCGUCACCACUAUCCCAACUAUCGGCUUUAAUGUGGAGACAGUCGAGUACAAGAACAUCUGUUUCACGGUCUGGGACGUCGGUGGUCAGGACAAGAUCAGACCUCUGUGGAGACACUACUUCCAGAACACUCAGGGUCUGAUCUUUGUAGUGGACAGUAAUGACAGAGAGAGAGUAGCAGAGUCUGCGGAGGAACUCUCCAAGAUGAUCCAGGAGGACGAGUUGAAGGAGGCGGUUCUUCUGGUGUUUGCUAACAAACAGGAUCUUCCCAACGCCAUGGGAGUCAGUGAACUCACCGACAAACUGGGUCUGCACAGCCUGCGCAGCAGAACUUGGCACGUUCAGGCCACCUGUGCCACUCAGGGUACAGGUCUCUACGAGGGUCUGGACUGGCUGUCCAAUGAGCUGUCAAAACGCUAGAGCAGCGGGCAGGUAACAGGAAGCAGCAGACUGAUGUCAUUGACUGAUGUCAUCGACUGAUGCCACCAUGUACAAACUGAUGAAGAGGUGCAGGAGGAGGCGGAGUUUCACAGGACUGUUUUUGUUUUUUUUUUUUAAAUUAUAAAUGUGUCUGUCUGUAGGAGGAAGUGAUGUCAUGGACUCUGAGCUCACCUUUAUUUCCUAUCAUCCUCUUCUGUUCUUCCUGCAGAUGUUUGUUAGAUCUGUUUUUUUCUUUUAAUCCGCAUGUUUUAACUGAAUCAUGUGACAGGAAGUGAGUCAGGAGGGGCGUGGCUUAUGACAGGCUGCAGUUACCUUUUUUUAGAGGGCAGUGUUUGACAGGUGACAGUUACCUGUUGGGGGGUGGGGUUGUGACAGAUGACUGUUACCUGUUGAGGGGAGGUUGACAGAUGUGAUGGGCAGGAUUUGUGACAGGUGACAGUUACCUGUUGGGGUGGGGGUUGGGUUAAUGACAGGUAACUGUUUCCUGUUUUUUUAGAGGGUGGGGUUUAUGAAAGGUUACAGAUACCUGUGGGGGCAGGGGGCGGAAUUUGUGACAGGUGGCAGUUACCUGUGGUGGGGGCAGGGGGCGGAGUUAACUACAGGUGACAGUUACCUGUUAUUUGAUGACUCAUUCCACAGAGCCGAACCUGAAGGCCUCGUCAUUCCUUAUCAAUGUGAAGAAGAAACAGAGAUGACAAUGAUGCAAUAAAGGUUUUUUUUUCUUCGCACCUGUUUUUGUUAUUUUUAGCUUAAUAUUUAAAAUAAUUCAUAUUCAUGAGGCUCCAAAAAUCUUUUUGUGACAGAAAAAUUCCCUGUUAUAAUUUGGUAUUUGAACGCAUCACCAGUUUGUGUUAUAAGAAGAAAAUGAACCUGUUAAAUGAGAUGUAAAGGUUUUAUUUUAUAUGUUCUGACAUAUUUGUUAUUAAAACAUAAAAAUGUUUUAUAGCAUUAAUUUUUGGUGAACAUUUUCUUGUUAUAAGUUUGAACCAUAUUUAACAACAUUUAGAGACAGGAAUAAACAGGUCUACAAGAAUGUUUUCUUGAGAUUUUUCAUGUUACAACAUUUUUUUAUUUUGUGUUGUGAGAAUUCUUCCUCAUCUCUAAUAAUAAUAAUGAGAAAGAUAAAUGUUUUGUUAUAGGGGAACAAUGUGAUGUCACAGUGACAGGAAAAAUUUUAACAUGGAAAAGAUCAUGUUAAAAACAUCUUAUAUUGUUUUAUGUUUAAAUGAAAUGUUAGUUUAUUUAUAUAUUUUUGCUAUUUUCAUUUAGACUUUUUCUCGUUAGUGAAUGAUUCUGUUGUAACAGGAAACUUUUCUUCUUAUAACAAUAUUUCACUUUAUAUCAUGAAAAUCAACAGAUGAUUUUUUCCGCACCAACUUAUAUUGAACUGAUUUUGUGAAAUUAAGUUUUUUCAUAAUAAGAUCAAUUUAAUCUGUCAGUUUAUUUGGAUUUUCAUGAUAAAAAAAAUUUGUUGAAAUGAA